AUGGCUCGAAGUGGCUUAUCUCCCCUCUCUAAGUUCUUUGGAGUCGGCGGCUUCGAGACCCUGAUGAGACAGCAGGGCAGAAGGACAGUCUGUGUGUGUCCGCCGGAGAGAGAACGACUCGAGGAGAAAGUCGGAAGGCAAGUCAGGAAGCGCUUCUCAGAAGUCCAGCUCAAGUUCCAGAGAUUCCGAUCCCCAUCGAACUUAGAGCCCCGGCUUGCAAGAGCUUUGAGAGAACUGAGAGGUGUGGAGGAGGCAACUUGCCUGUUGGAACUUGCUUCUGAUGAUCCAGAAGGGAUUGAAGGACAACUUAAGCAUUGCACGAGAUUUUAUCACACACUUGCUGAUAUAAAGGGAGAAGUGGAGAGCAUAAUUAAAUCAGGUCGAAAGCUGGUGGAAGAUAAAGCUGUUCCAGACCCUCAGAAGUUCACGACAAGGAUUGACACUUUGAAGGAACUGUAUAACAAGCUGGGUUCUCAAAUAACAGAUCCUAAAGUUACAUUAAACUCAGCUUUAGGACUGUCACAGAAUUGUCCAGCAUUGAGUGAAUGGAUUAACAAUGUUGAAGUCCAGCUAGAUGAAUUUGAAGGCACAGAAGGAAUUGAUACAAAUUUGGAUUUACAAGUCGCGUAUCUGAAGAAAAUAUUAGAGGAGGAUAUUCCAAAGUGGAAUCUGAAGAAAGAGAGUAUAAAAUCAUCAUAUAAAAUAUUUUCUGGCCUCUGUGAUCCUGUUUAUUUGGAAGUAUUAAAAGAAAGGGUGAAUGACAGCAUGAAGAAAUGGGAGAAAUUGAAUGGAAGGUUGAAGAACGUGUCUGCCGUGCUGGAGAAUGCAACUGCAGCUAAAAGCAAACUUGAGCAAGUCAACUGUUCAAUGGCAGAAAUAAAUCAAUGGUUGAAUGAGAUAGAGAAAAGUGUCCAUGAACUGGAUGCUCUUUGUAGUCGUCCGAACCCUCAGCCGAUAAGGUUUUAUUUACUUUAUAUUAGUUUAAUGUAUCUAUUUAUAAGUUAGUUGAUCUAUUGGCGACAUGUUA